GGCCCAGCUCUCGGCAGGAGGAUGCACGUUCGAUGAUGGUCCUGGGCCCUGUGACUACCACCAAGACCUUUACGAUGAUUUCGACUGGGUGCAUGUCAGUGCUCAAGAGCCUCACUAUUUGCCACCUGAAAUGCCUCAAGGAUCAUAUAUGAUAGUGAUUUCAUCAGACCAUGACCCUGGAGAAAAGACUCGACUUCAGCUUCCAACAAUGAAAGAAAACGACACUCACUGCAUCGAUUUCAGCUACCUUCUGUACAGCAAGAAUGGAGGGAACCCAGGCACUUUGAACAUCCUGGUUAGGGUGAACAAAGGACCGCUGGCUAAUCCCAUCUGGAAUGUCACUGGUUCCACUGGCAAGGACUGGCUUCGAGCAGAAUUGGCUGUCAGCACUUUCUGGCCCAAUGAGUAUCAGGUAAUAUUUGAAGCUGAAGUCUCAGAUGGAAGAAAUGGCUACAUUGCCAUUGAUGACAUCCAGGUCCUGAGUUACCCUUGUGAUAAAUCUCCACAUUUUUUGAGACUGGGGGAUGUAGAGGUCAAUGCAGGCCAGAAUGCUACAUUUCAGUGCAUUGCUACAGGGAGAGAUGCAGUGAAUAACAAGUUAUGGCUCCAGAGAAGAAAUGGGGAAGAUAUUCCAGUUGCUCAGACUAAAAAUAUCAAUCACAGAAGAUUUGCAGCUACCUUUAAGUUGCAAGAGGUGACAAAAACCGACCAGGAUUUAUACCGCUGUGUAACUCAGUCAGAGAGAGGUUCUGGAGUCUCAAACUUUGCUCAACUUAUUGUUCGAGAGCCACCUCGGCCAAUAGCACCCCCGCAGCUCCUGGGCGUUGGGCCCACCUACUUGCUCAUCCAGCUGAAUGCCAACUCCAUCAUUGGGGAUGGCCCCAUUAUCCUGAAAGAAGUGGAGUACAGGAUGACAUCUGGGACUUGGACCGAGACCCACGCUGUCAAUGCACCAACGUACAAGCUGUGGCACCUGGACCCUGACACCGAAUAUGAGAUUCGGGUCCUGCUCACCCGCCCGGGGGAAGGUGGCACGGGGCAGCCAGGACCACCACUCAUCACCAGGACCAAGUGUGCUGAACCCAUGAGAACCCCAAAAACACUGAAGAUUGCUGAGAUCCAGGCCAGACACAUCGCUGUGGACUGGGAAUCUCUGGGUUACAACAUCACUCGUUGCCAUACUUUCAAUGUCACUAUCUGCUACCACUACUUCUGUGGACACAACGAGAGCAAAGCAGACUGCUUGGACAUGGACCCCAAAGCACCUCAGCACGUUGUGGAUCGUCUGCCUCCCUACACAAAUGUCAGCCUCAAGAUGAUCUUAACCAACCCAGAAGGGAGGAAGGAAAGCGAGGAGACCAUUAUCCAGACAGAUGAAGAUGUGCCAGGCCCUAUACCUGCCAAAUCAGUGAAAGGAACUCCUUUUGAAGAUAAGAUCUUCCUCAACUGGAAGGAACCUGUGGAUCCAAAUGGCAUCAUUACUCAGUAUGAGGUGAGCUAUAGCAGUAUACAGUCAUUUGAUCCUGCAGUUCCAGUGGCAGGACCUCCACAGACAGUAUCCAAGCUGUGGAACAGCACACACCACGUCUUCUCUCACCUGCACCCUGGUACUACCUACCAGUUCUUCAUACGUGCGAGCACCAUCAAAGGGUUUGGACCAGCAACCACCAUCAAUGUAACAACCAACAUCUCAGCUCCCACUUUACCAGACUAUGAAGGAGUGGAUGCAUCUCUCAAUGAAACUGCUACUACAAUAACUGUACUCUUGAGACCUGCACAGGCCAAAGGUGCACCUAUCAGUGCCUACCAGAUUGUUGUGGAAGAGCUGCACCCCCACCGAACAAAGCGAGAAACUGGUGCCAUGGAGUGCUACCAAGUCCCUGUCACCUAUCAGACUGCCCUUAGUGGAGGCUCACCGUAUUACUUUGCUGCUCAGCUGCCCCCAGGAAACCUGCCAGAGCCAGCCCCCUUUACUGUGGGUGACAACAGGACGUACCAAGGUUUCUGGAACCCCCCGCUGGCUCCUCGGAAAGGCUACAACAUCUACUUCCAGGCCAUGAGCAGCGUGGAGAAGGAAACCAAAACUCAGUGUGUUCGAAUAGCUACAAAAGCAGCAGCAACAGAGGAACCCGAGGUGAUUCCCGAUCCUGCUAAACAAACAGAUCGAGUGGUGAAAAUAGCAGGAAUAAGUGCUGGAAUUCUGGUAUUCAUCCUACUUCUCCUUGUUGUCAUAUUGAUCGUGAAAAAAAGCAAACUUGCAAAGAAGCGCAAGGACGCCAUGGGAACCACCCGUCAGGAGAUGACCCACAUGGUGAAUGCCAUGGACAGGAGUUAUGCCGACCAGAGCACUCUGCAUGCAGAGGAUCCCCUGUCAAUCACGUUUAUGGACUCGCAUAACUUCAGCCCCAGAUUGCCCAAUGAUCCACUUGUGCCGACAGCUGUGUUAGGUGAGGACCCUAGUCCUUCAUUAUCCAUCCCUGCAUGAGUUCUGUCUCCUUGCAUGGUUGAACGUUGAAACAGCUUGUUUUAUUUAAAACUAUGCUGUUGCCAGAAAAUAAUUUUACACUCAGUUCAUCAACUCAGAAUUAGACUGACAACAAUUUUAGAAUAAAAAUUAUUUUACUCCCUCAUUAAGAAGUUAUUCCUAGUCACUGCUAAUUGAAGAGUACGUGAGGAAAUAUGUAAAUGGAAAACACUAAAAUUUUUCUCCCCAGAGCUUUGAAACUGAAUUCCAGUAAACUGACAUGUGAAACUAGAGCUCUAUUAAGAGAUCUUUAAAAACAAAAUUCAGGUCCACAUUAACAUUUUUUGACUCCCAAAGUUCAGUUUUCUAAGUAACAAGAAUGAAAAGAAAAACAGAAAAGAGAAAAACUUUCAGAAUAUCUAAGAGAAAACAACAACUUUCUUUGCAUGUUCUGAACAGGUACUUCUCUAUGCCUAUAUUAAUUACAUAAUUGAAUUGGCAUUAAGUAGUACAUUUUUCAGCUUUUUACUUUCUUUCAAAAGAAGAACACACAUUGAAAUGGACAGGCUGAAUAUGUCUAUGCUGCAUCUAACAUGGAAUGCAGGUAUUAGAGAGGUUUUUAUUUUUUUAAAUAAAAGAUAAAUAGUAUAGUAUAGUAGUAUAGUAAGUAUAUAGUAUAGUAGUAUAGAAAGUAUAAUUUGUACCCAAGUUCUUGGUUGGAUAAACUCAAUGUGCAGUAUUGAGUUUCAGUCAGGUGCUGCAGUUAUUUUAGGAUAAAAGACAAAAAUCAGAAAGUAGAUGUGAAUAUAGACAUGUUGAAAAUUCAAUUCCUAGAGGUAAAUCUUAAAGGGACCUGGGGGCAAUGAAGUUCCUUCUCUGUUUGGAGGAGGGAUAAUACACAUAUAAUACAGAUUCUUUCUGGAAAUUGUCUCAUGUUUUAAAAAUUUGUAGCAAACAGAAUUUUGCUCUUGCAGUGAAAUGUUCCAGUGCCUCAGUCCUCCUUAAUAAGAAUAAAUUCUGAUUCAUAUUAGUAAUAUUCGGGACACAAAGGUUAAUUUUCUGAAUAUUAAUUACUACUAACUGGGCAUUACUACUAAGUAAUAUUCAAACUCAAUCCCUAGUUUUUCCUAGUUAGGCUAAUCUAGACUAAAUUUUCAUUGCUGUGGAUUGAGCCAUUUUCUUUUGAGAGACUCAUAGAAAAUAUGGAAAUGUGGCACAUUUCUGUCCUUUUAAAACUGACUUUUUCACAUUGAAAGGCUCAUGUCCUCAAUUAUUUCUCUUUUAGUUGAGUUUAACCCAGUUCUUUCACUCAUCAUCUUGUAGGUGACGUUUUCUAAAUUUGUUGUCAUUAUUUUCCUCUGAAUGUUUUCCAGCUUUCCAACUCAUAGGCUGGAUUUUAAAUUGCAGUGCCCCAAAUCAGGUAGCAUUCUUGGAAGAAGUCUUAAUGCUGAGCUGAGUGGAAUAGGUACCCCCAUGCCCCACUUUUACUGUUUCUGUUAACUGAACUGUAUUUUCUCCUUUUUAUUGUGUUCAUGUUGCAUUGAGUUACCUGUUAAAUUCACAGUUAUAAUUUUCCAGUCCAUUACUCCAUUUUGUAGUUAUAUAUUUGAUUUCUCUUUCCGAUACACACUACUGUUGCAUUCACCAUUCAGUUCACCUUGUUGAUUUUCACAUUGUCUCCCAAAUAAUCAAGAUAACCUUGUAAAUCUGAUCCUGUGCUUGUGAAGUGCUCAUGGUACCUGCAGUGCCAUACUGCCAUGGUAUUUUCUGCUGUGGCAGAGACAGUCACAGACAGCUGUGAAUACUGAGGGCAAGGAACUAACUGAAGAACAGCUUAAUAACUCCUGUCUGCUUUUUCAUCUACUGGUAAUGAUAUUCUGGGCAUGAUAAUUUCCUCAAAUGAGCAAACCAUUGAUAGUUGGAAGAGGUGCUAGUUUUCAUAGAGUGGACUGAAAUAGUGGAGAGAAAUGUACAAGUUUUUGGGUACACCAUGUAGUAAAAGCUGGGUAUCUGUAAACUUGAUCCUUUGGAGCUGCAUCGUUUGGUCUACUCCAUUUUAAUAGAGCCUUUGCUCAGCCCAGCAUGACAAAACAGUUUUCUUCUGCCUUAUUUAGAGAAGAGGAAUAUUUUAUGGGUUCUAAAUCAUAGAAAAUUGGGUUUUUUAUAUGAAACUCUUAUUACUUUGUAGCUCUACUAGUUUUCUUUUUCUUCAUGUAUAAGUUAUUAAUGCUGCUCUCCAUUCUGUGUACAUUAGCACUGAGUUGGUAUGACAAUUUUGCUUUUCCCAAGUCCCUAUUAUUACACUGAUAGUAUAAUAAUGUGGCUCUUACAUUUUUAAAAUGGAUUUCAUUGUUACUUUUGUGAAGAUUUAGCAACUUUGAAUGUCACUUUCUUUUAGCCAUUUUCUAAUAUAGUCCUGAAAUAAAUUUCUCAUGUUCUGUUCA